CUGAACAACAAGCUGAGGAAGCCGAUGGUGGAGAAGAUGCGCAGAGAUCGUAUCAACAGCAGCAUUGAGCAGCUGAAGUCUCUCCUGGCUCCAGAGUUCCUCAACCAGCAGCCUGACUCCAAACUGGAGAAAGCAGAUAUCCUGGAGAUGACAGUCAGCUUCCUGAGACAACAGCAGCAGCCUUCAUUCUCCUCCAGCUCAACAGCUGUCAAUCAAGGCUUCUCCAGAUGUGUCCAUGACAUUGUCCACUUCCUGUCUAAAGAAGAGGUGAAGACACAGAGCCAGAGAAAACUGCUGAACCACUUCCAGAAAGUGUUGUGGUUCAGCUGAGCUCUACAGAGCAGCAGAUCAUCAGCAAAGAGAAGAGUUCAGUUAAGAGCUCCCUCUGGAGGCCCUGGUGAAGAGAAGAUCAAGACUCAAAGCUGGAAACACAAGUCUAUGUGGACUUUAUAGAUUUUU